CUCAGGUUUUCUUCUUAGAGAAGGAGAAAAGAAACAGACAGCAACACCCCGAAUGAAAGAUCAAAAGGUGCAAAAGAAGAGAUAAUAUAUCUGAGAAAAAGACUCGACCACCGGCCUCUUGAGGCUACUUAAAAAUACUUUGACAAGAUAUCUUCGAUCCUUCGCUCUCUCUCUCUCUCUCUCUCUCUCUCAGCGCUUGCUUUUGGUGCGAAUAAGAAUUCCUCUUGCAACUUCCAACACAAACUGAGUUCCUUCUUGGAUGAAAAUGAGAAUGGUCUGAGGUGGUCUUGCAUGGCGAGCCAUAGAGUUGGCCCAGUUGGGGAGACUGGUUUAUCCGACUCAGGACCUUCGAAUCCGCAUGUCCCUUAUUCAGUUUUUCAUGGAAGUAAUGUUCCUACAAGUUUCAUCAAUCAAGAAGGAUCUGCUUUCGAUUUUCGAGAGCUAGAAGAAGCAAUUGUGCUACAAGGAGUUAAGAUAAGAAAUGAUGAAGCUAAAGCACCUUUAUUCACAGGCAGGCCUGCAGCUACUCUGGAAAUGUUCCCUUCAUGGCCAAUGAGAUUCCAGACCACUCCAAGAGUAGUAGGAAGUUCAAAAUCAGGGGGCGAGAGCACUGACUCAGGAUCAGCAGUGAACACUUUCUCAAGCAAAGCUGAGGUCCAGUUGGAAUCAGAAUCCCCUAUUAGUAACAAGGCAUCUUCCUCAGAUCAUCAGGCUUUUGAUCAUCAGAAGCAUCUGCAGCUUCAACAACAACAAAUACAGCAAGAGAUGGCAAAUGAUAGAUCAAGAGCAGGACCAUCACAGAAUCAAUCAGAUGUCAAAGCACCCCAAGAAAAGAGGAAGGGAUCAGGUGGUUCAAGUUCAACGUCAGAGAAACAACUGGACGCUAAGACAUUGAGACGUUUAGCUCAAAACAGAGAGGCUGCAAGGAAAAGCCGCCUCAGGAAAAAGGCUUAUGUGCAACAGCUAGAGUCAAGUAGAAUGAAGCUUACUCAUAUUGAACAAGACCUGCAAAGAGCACGCGCACAGGGGCUAUUCUUGGGUGGUUGUGGUGGUGCUGGUGGAAAUCUCAGCUCUGGAGCUGCAAUAUUUGACAUGGAAUACGCAAGAUGGCUGGAAGAUGACCACAGACUCAUGGCGGAGCUCCGGACAGGAUUGCACGCACAUUUAUCGGAUGGCGAUCUUAGAUUGAUCGUGGAAGGAUAUAUUUCUCAUUAUGAUGAGAUUUUCCGGCUGAAGGGAGUGGCCGCCAAAUCUGAUGUAUUUCACGUCAUUACUGGCCUGUGGAUGACUCCGGCCGAGCGUUGUUUCCUCUGGAUAGGUGGUUUCAGGCCCUCUGAUCUCAUCAAGAUGUUAAUAGGUCAAUUAGAGCCAUUAACAGAACAGCAAUUGGUGGGAAUUUACCGAUUGCAACAGUCGACACAACAGGCUGAGGAGGCUCUAUCUCAGGGUCAGGAGCAGCUCCAACAGUCUCUGAUCGAAACCAUUGCUGCUGCAGGGCCUGUCAUUGAUGGCAUGCAGCAGAUGGUUGUUGCCUUGGGCAAGCUUUCCAACCUUGAAGGCUUCGUUCGCCAGGCCGAUAACUUGAGACAGCAAACCCUUCAUCAACUUCGUCACGUAUUGACUAUCCGACAGGCAGCAAGAUGUUUUCUUGUAAUUGGAGAAUACUACGGCCGACUUCGAGCCCUCAGCUCCCUUUGGGCGUCUCGACCACGAGAGAGCUUGAUGAGUGAAGAUCAUAAUUCUUGCCAAACAACAGCCACCGAUCAUUUGCAAAUUGUUCAUCAAUCUGCACACAACCAUUUCUCAACCUUUUGAAGGAGAUGAUCAUGAUGAUUCCACUAGCCACAGUAGUAGUGAUGCUGCCCGGCCCAAGGAAAUCGAUCCUUAUCUUGAUCUAAUUGCUUUCAUGGCGCUAGCUAGCUUUUGGCCGCCAGAUAUAUAUCUUCAAAGAUAUAUAUACUUUAGAGGAGAUAGGACACUUCUUCUUUUAGCUUCUUUUUAUCCUCGA